CCUGAAUAUCUUUGUGGCUAUGACGCCACCCCACCAUACUUCAUUGGCAUUAUUUAACCGAGAUGAAUCGUUAUAUAGACGCCAAAUUCAUAGCGAAGAUUCUAGAAGCCCUUCACCUGCAAUGCCAAGCCACGUUAGUAUCUUUACCACCUGCUGAGCGUGCCUAUAGGGAUCAACAUACCCCUCAACAUGGUCAUAAUUUAGAGUCUUUUUAUCAAUAAAGAUUGCUUUUUGCAAUGAAGAUUGAAAAGGGAAGCCACUCACUCGUUCCACAGGCUCUUUUAGACGCGAUUAUAAUUUCAUUAUCAAAUGUGCAAACUUCUUCUGCUUCAAAACCUCAGGUGUGUCUUUCUCAAAGUUGUAGAAGACAUCCUAUCAAUAUGAAUUUUAUCACGGCGAUAGGCUCGGCUCUUGAAAGGAGGUGGUUCUGCGAGUUUAAUUUUUAUGAUCUUUUUCCUAUCACGAGCUUUAAUCCUUCCUAGUUAUCACGAACUUCUUUUAUUCAUUCCAACUCAACGCAUAGUACGUUUAACUUAACACGUUAAAAUCAUGCGAUCUUUUACGACGCAAAAUUUUACGCCUGUACUUUUAUUUCCUCGGAGACAGUGAUGGUGAAUGGGAUAAAGCGUGGUCAUUCAAAAAGGAAGAACCCCAUGGUCGAAGGCUUUUCAUGUAGUUACGAUUUAUGGUGAUUCCUAAAUACUAUUCUUUCAUGAACAUGUGGAAUAUAUAAAUAAAUAAAUAAA